AUGUCCUGGUCUCAAAAGAACUUCACUCUCCCGGCUCGCAGUCGUGGCUCCUACCUCAUCACCGACCAGGUCCUGUCCGAACUCCCGGAGAUUCGCGACUACAAGGUCGGCAUGCUGAACCUGUUCGUGCAGCACACCAGUUGUGCGCUGUCGCUCAAUGAGAACUGGGAUGACGAUGUACGGGCCGACAUGAGUGAUGCGCUGGAUCGCAUUGCGCCUACCGACCGCAAGGGUGACUUGUAUCGUCAUUCUGCGGAGGGUGACGAUGAUAUGCCGGCUCAUAUCAAGUCUGCGCUCAUCGGCGCCUCGGUCAACAUCCCCAUUACAAACGGUCGAUUGGCCACUGGUACAUGGCAAGGAAUUUGGUAUCUGGAGUUCCGGACCAGCCGACACAGCCGCAAGGUGGUUGCGACCAUCCAGGGCCAAAAGGCCUAA